UGUUCCUGUUGUUCGUUGAAGUUGUACUGAAAUUACUAAAGUUUUUACUUAGAAAAAAGAGGAGUGUACAUAUAAUAUUUGAUCUGGACUGUAUUUAUAUGAAGAAAAAUGAAGGGAGCUAGAGCUCUUCUUUUACUAGGCUCGAUAGUGGCCUUUGCUUUUGCAAAGGAAGAAAUAGCAAAGGCAGAUAUUGGAACUGUCAUUGGAAUUGAUCUGGGUACAACAUAUUCUUGUGUUGGUGUUUAUAAAAAUGGAAGAGCAGAAAUUAUAGCCAAUGAUCAAGGAAAUAGAAUUACACCUUCAUAUGUAGCAUUCACCGUUGAUGGUGAACGUUUAAUUGGGGAUGCUGCAAAGAAUCAAUUGACUACAAAUCCAGAAAAUACAGUUUUUGAUGCCAAAAGAUUAAUUGGUAGAGAGUGGUCAGACCCUGAUGUGCAGCGUGAUAUUAAGUUCUUUCCAUUUAAAGUAAUUGAAAAAAAUAGCAAACCGCAUAUAAAAAUGGUGCUUAAUGGAGAAGAAAAAGUAUUUGCACCUGAAGAAAUCUCUGCUAUGGUACUUGGUAAAAUGAAGGAAACAGCAGAAGCAUAUUUAGGAAAAAAAGUUACUCAUGCUGUUGUCACUGUACCAGCUUAUUUCAAUGAUGCACAAAGACAAGCUACCAAAGAUGCAGGCACUAUUUCUGGACUUGUUGUUAUGAGAAUAAUUAAUGAACCAACAGCUGCUGCAAUUGCUUAUGGUUUGGAUAAAAAAGAUGGAGAAAAGAAUGUGUUGGUCUUUGAUUUGGGUGGUGGUACUUUUGAUGUUAGUUUACUGACCAUUGAUAAUGGAGUAUUUGAAGUUGUGGCAACAAACGGUAACACUCAUUUGGGUGGUGAAGACUUCGAUCAACGUGUAAUGGACCAUUUCAUGAAACUAUAUAAGAAAAAGAAGGGCAAGGAUAUUCGUAAAGAUAGCAGAGCUUUACAAAAAUUACGUCGCGAAGUUGAGAAAGCUAAGAGGGCUCUCAGCGUUAGCCACCAAGUGAGGAUCGAAAUUGAGUCUUUCUUUGAAGGUGAAGACUUCUCUGAGACAUUAACACGUGCCAAAUUUGAAGAGUUGAAUAUGGAUCUUUUCCGUAGUACCUUAAAGCCUGUACAAAAAGUUCUAGAAGAUUCUGACAUGAACAAAAAAGAUGUACAUGAAAUUGUACUUGUUGGAGGAUCUACUAGGAUUCCGAAAGUUCAACAAUUAGUUAAGGAAUUCUUUGGCGGUAAAGAACCGUCUCGGGGGAUAAACCCUGAUGAAGCUGUUGCAUAUGGUGCUGCUGUACAGGCAGGUGUACUUUCUGGAGAGCAAGACACAGAUGCCAUUGUACUUUUAGAUGUUAACCCACUUACUAUGGGCAUUGAAACUGUUGGAGGUGUGAUGACUAAGCUUAUUCCAAGGAACACUGUAAUUCCAACAAAAAAGUCGCAAAUCUUUUCCACAGCGUCGGACAACCAACAUACUGUAACCAUUCAAGUAUAUGAAGGUGAACGUCCAAUGACAAAAGAUAACCAUAUUCUUGGUAAAUUCGACCUCACUGGUAUUCCACCAGCACCUCGAGGAAUACCACAAAUUGAAGUUACCUUCGAGAUCGAUGCUAACGGUAUUCUUCAAGUAUCUGCUGAAGACAAAGGGACUGGAAAUCGUGAAAAAAUUGUUAUCACCAAUGAUCAGAAUCGGCUUGCUCCCGAUGACAUUGAAAGAAUGAUAAAGGACGCUGAGAAAUUCGCAGACGACGAUAAGAAACUAAAAGAACGAGUAGAAGCACGUAACGAACUCGAAUCGUAUGCGUACUCUUUGAAGAAUCAACUGGCCGAUAAAGAGAAACUUGGCUCAAAAGUUAGCGAUUCAGAUAAGGCUAAAAUGGAGGAAGCUAUCGAAGAAAAGAUUAAAUGGUUAGAAGAGCACCCGGAUACUGAUCCAGAAGAAUACAAACAGCAAAAGAAAGAGCUUACCGAUAUUGUUCAACCCAUCAUUGCAAAAUUGUAUCAGGGUGGAGGUGGUGGAGUUCCACCGACUGGUGGAGAAGAUGAUGAUUUGAAGGACGAGCUUUAACUAAAAUAUGAUCAGUACUUAUAUUCGUCCUAAUUUAGACUGAAUUAACACAGUCUCAUGCAAAUGCUGCAGAGAUUAAUACGUCGUUGAUACGUCGAGUAUAAAAGACUGAUCGACGAACGUUCGUUAUUCACUAAGUUUCAUCGGAACUAAACAAUACACUGUUGUGAGAUUUACUCUGUGUAUUGCUCUGUAGUGUAUUUGUCAUAUAACAGUCAUCUGGAUCUUCUCGAUAAAGAAAGGUACACCUAAUGAAAUGAAUUUUGUUACUGGAAGUAGCUUCUCUAGUUUUCAGAUAAGAUUCUGCGCGUUAAUUUAUUUUAAUUAAUUAUUUUGUAUGUUCCAUUACGUGUAAUCGAAUAAGCAGUUGUUGUAAUUCGCGUUACAGAUUUUACAGUGUGUGCGUGCGAAUUAGAAUGAUUGUGCAAGUGUGUAUGACUUGCGCCUAUUACUGCCUGUAGAAAAACUAUAUCGUACUAUGUACAAUAUAGCUGUUCUGUGUGAAUGGACUUCUCAUGUAUAUCACGGAAAUAAACAUUUUUUCAGUAAA